GGGAGAGAGGAUAUAGUGAAUGCGGGGUCCGGGGAGAGCGGGUUUAUAGUGAAUGCGGGGUCCGGGGAGAGCGGAUAUAGUGAAUGCGGGGUCCGGGGAGAGCGGAUAUAGUGAAUGCGGGGUCCAGGGAGAGAGGAUAUAGUGAAUGCGGGGUCCGGGGAGACCAGAUAUAGUGAAUGCAGGGUCUGGGGGGGGAGAGCGGAUAUAGUGAAUGCGGGGUCCGGGGGGAGAGCGGAUAUAGUGAAUGCGGGGUCCGGGGAGAGCGGAUAUAGUGAAUGCGGGGUCCGGGGAGAGCGGAUAUAGUGAAUGCGGGGUCCGGGGAGAGCGGAUAUAGUGAAUGCAGGGUCUGGGGAGAGCGGAUAUAGUGAAUGCAGGGGUCCGGGGAGAGCGGGGAUAUAGUGAAUGCGGGGUCCGGGGAGAGCGGAUAUAGUGAAUGCGGGGUCCGGGGAGA